GAGAGGGACGGAAGUUUCUGCCGUGUGUUGCAAAGGAACAAUCCUCCACAAGAGUGGGAGAGGAGACUGCCGCAUGGCAUCUGAAGAAGCCGUGGUAUUUGCACCGGUGAAUUACACCGUCCCAGAAAUCUCCACUUCUGACACCGCCCCUUGGAGUCUUGCUGCAGCCAGGGGACAAGUGUGCGUUGCCUUCACUGAAUAGCUGGAGCUCAUCUCUGGGAGAGAUGCAGUUCACUAUCGGGGACACAGAGGAAGGCUGCGACUUUCUGGGAGCACGCUAUGUGGUGUACGGUGUUCACCUGGAGGGAUUUCUUUUCUGCAAAAUGAGGUACAGCCAACUGCACAGAUGGAACGAAAAGCUGAGAAGAUAUUUUGGAAGCAAUCGUGUUCCGGAUUUUCCGCCUAAGAAUUAUCUUGCACAAACUGAGUCCAUGGCUGAAGAAAGAAGACUUCUAUUACAGGAGUAUCUUCAGAAAGUUGGAGAGGAUCCUGUUAUAUCUGCCAGUGAAAUAUUCACCACUUUAUUAAAGAAAGCGCAGCAGGAAACAUUUAAAAUUCAUCCUCGAGCUAUCCUCUUGGAGAUUCUACUUGCAGAUGGAACAAAGCUUCUAAUUAACACCCAUACAUGUGACUCUGCAGAGAGGAUGCUAGCGAUUGCAGCCCAGGAAAUUGAACUGUCGAGGCAAUUUUUGGAAUACUUCGCCUUGUAUCUCAUUUGUGAACAUCCUAAUGGAGGAUACUCUGUGCUGAAAAAGCUGAAUGCCUUUGAGUUGCCAUUUGUGAGUUUAUGGAGCCUGCAGAACGAAAACAGCAGAAUAAUGAUCAGGAAAAGUUACUUGGAUCCCUUGAAGGAUAGAAUACUAAUGGGAAGUAUUGCUGGAGUCCUCCUAUUGUACAGCCAGGCCAAAUAUGAGCUGGAGAGAGGUUGGGUUAGACCUACUCCGGACCAAUACCGAAAACUGAAAGCUUUCCAGGAGGCUGAUAAGAAAAGAGAGUUACUUGAACUUAUGGAGGAAGUGAAGUUCUAUGGGUACCUACAGUUUGAGGAUUGCACCUGUGAUUAUCCAGAACCUAACUGUCCCGUUACUGUUCGUGUGGGCAAUUAUGAAAUUAACUGCUGUAUUCAGUUACCAAAUAACCACAUCAAAGAGACCAGUUUCAAGGUUAACAGAAUAAGAUGUUGGCGGAUCAGUGUACAGAUACCACUACAAGAAGAAAUGAAACCAAAACCGGAGCUAAGUUUUGAAUAUCAAGAUAGCCAAGAUUCAUGGCAAUGGGUUACAAUUUGCAUGCACCAGGCCUUUCUUCUGGGACGAUGCAUAAAGGAAAUCUCAAUACAUAAGCCAAAGUUAGCUGGGAACCAUGCAGAAAUGCAGUUGGAGAGUGUGGCACCCAGAUUUUAAACCAAAACCCUGGAAUACUCAGUCUAACCUGAGCAAACAUUCUGGAGCAGUGCAGCAAAAUCAGUGUAAGCGAGUGACAAGAAAAGGUGAAGCAAGCGUAUUUGAAUACAUUGCUGAUGACCAGUUGUGACCAUAGUCAACAACAUUAACCAUAAACAUGGUUUUUUUUGGUGCAGUAGACUAUCUGACUGACUGUACUUUAGGUCAUCGACUUCAAAUGUCGCAGGGGUAGUAAAUUGCACAUUGCCUACUCUCCAUACUAUUGUGGUGAUGUUUGGGAGCUUUUAUUCCUCCCAAGGAAUUUGUUACCUGGACAAAAAAUUGGAUUAGGUAAACCAAGAGGGACUACUGCGGAUUUUUCUGCAAAAUGAGUGCAACACAAAUGGCUGAAGAAUAAAUGUUACUUGACCUUUGCAGGGGCAAGAAUUCUUUUCUACUUUUUACGUAUGGAUGACCCUAUUGUAGCACAGGAUUGUCAUAGUAAAUGUAGAGUUUCAUUAUCUGAACCUUAGUCAGAGUCUGACUGUCUUCAAGUGUUUACUUUAAACUCUGUACAAAGUGGGAAAAAAGUUGAUAUUUAGUUUAUUGCCCUAACUUGUAUUUUAACUUUUUCCAUUUGGUUCAGUGUUUUGGACAAUAGAAUGUAAUAUGUAUCCUCAAGCCCAACUUCACGUACGCUGUGCACGGUACAUCUAGGGAAGAGUUGGGUACAAGAAAGGAAUAAAUCUACUUUCACAAUC